CAGUGUGUGAGUCUGUGAGUGUGCGUUCCGCUGUCCGCACACCGUUCGUCUCCUCAGUGUAGAUCGGCUCACCAUGGCGGAAGGACGCAGAGAACAACCGCCUCAUCCUCCUCUCUGCUUACCACCGGCCAGCAAGCGACCCUGCUUACGCCCCGCACCCCGGGGUCCCGGACCGGGGCCCGGCCAUGGCAGUGGCUCCCCCGGCUCCCGGUAUCGCUCCCCGGAGUCCCUGCUGGACUGCGCCGCUAAAGCGGUAGCGGAGAAGUGGGCCUUCGAAAGAGUGGAGGAGCGCUUCGAGCGGAUUCCGGAGCCCGUCCAGCGGCGUAUCGUGUACUGGUCUUUCCCCCGCAACGAAAAGGAGAUAUGCAUGUACUCUUCGUUUCAGUGCAGAGUGGCCGGAGAGGAGGGUCCGUGUGCGGCUGCCUCUGGAACUGGGGGUACGGGGUCCGGAGCUGCUAGCGCCGGGGGCAGUGGAGGAUCAACCGCCGGCGCAGCGGCUGCUGUCGGGGCAGCCGGAGUAGUGGGGACGGGAGACGGACUGCCUUUUCGCAGAGGAAUCAGACUCCUGGAAACUGGCUGCGUGGAAAACGUUUUACAAGUCGGGUUUCACCUUAGCGGCACCGUGACUGAGCCGGCCACAGCUUCGGAACCGGAGGUAACCCAUAAAGUGGCGAUCAGCUUCGAUCGUUGCAAGAUCACCUCCGUCACCUGUGGCUGUGGAAACAGAGACAUUUUCUACUGCUCCCACGUGGUCGCGCUCUCCCUCUAUAGGAUCCGUAAACCUGAGCAGGUGAAGCUACGGUUGCCCAUAUCAGAAACUCUGUUCCAGAUGAACAGAGAUCAGCUGCAGAAGCUGGUCCAGUAUCUGAUCACGGCCCACCACACUGAGGUGCUGCCCACAGCGCAGAAACUGGCAGACGAGAUCCUGUCUUCAAACUCUGAGAUCAACCAGGUUCAUGGUGCUCCAGACCCGACUGCAGGGGCUAGCAUUGACGAUGAUAACUGCUGGCAUCUGGACGAGGAUCAAGUCAGGGAGCAGGUCAAACAGUUUUUGUCGCAGGGAGGAUACUACGGCUCUGGGAAGCAGCUCAACUCCAUGUUCGCAAAGGUACGGGAGAUGCUUAGAAUGCGAGACUCCAAUGGUGCUCGAAUGCUAACACUGAUAACUGAGCAAUUUAUGGCAGACCCCCGACUGUCUCUAUGGAGACAGCAAGGCACAGGGAUGACGGACAAGUGUCGACAACUUUGGGAUGAGCUGGGUGCACUGUGGGUAUGUGUGGUGCUGAAUCCACACUGUAAAAGUGAUGAAAAGAGUAGCUGGCUGAAGCAGCUGAAAAAGUGGGGAGACAUGGACGUCUGCCCGCUGGAGGACGGAAACUACGGCAGCGAGCUGCCGAACAUUACCAACGCGCUGCCACAAAGUAACCUCGCUCAAGAUUCUCUGUCCAGACCGAGACGAACAGUGUUCAGUCGAGCCGUCGAGGCCUGCGACCUCCACUGGCAGGACAGCCACCUGCAGAGGAUCAUCAGCAGCGACUACUACAUGUCUCCAUCCUAUCAGAGAGAGGGGGAGAGCUUGCUGUUCAACCCACAGGGGCUGCCGCUCUGGCUAGGUGCUAUUUCAAUACACGUUCCCAACCAUGUCCCGACCGCAUGCGCUCGCGUUGAUGCCCUGCGAUCCCAUGGCUACACCAGAGAAGCCCUGCGGUUGGCCGUGGCCAUCAUUAACACGCUCCGUCUCCAGCAGCAGAGGCAGAUGGACAUCUACAAACACCAGAAGAAAGAGCUCCUCCAGAGAAACGUCACCUCCACCACCAACCUGGAAGGCUGGGUGGGCCACCCCUUAGACCCCAUUGGUUGUCUUUUCACCACGCUUACAGAGACCUGUCGGGUUGAUGAUGACAACACCAUGGACACUGGAGAAGGUGACCCCAGGCCUCCAGUCUACCAUCAUGCUCCAGUGUGGGGAUGUCCAGACGGAGGAGAGUCCUACCUCACUCUGGCCUUAGAGGUGGCUCUGAUGGGCAUGGGCCAGCAGAGGAUAAUGCCAGAGGGAUUAUAUGCCCAGGAUAAGGUCUGUCGUAAUGAGGAACAGAUAGUUUCCAAACUGCAAGAGUUGGAGCUGGAUGAUCUCCUGGUUCGGACGCUUCGGAAGCAGGCCAUACAGUUGCUCGAGGCGGGUCCGUUCAGCGGGCUGGGAGAAGUCAUCCACAGAGAAAGCGUACCCAUGCACACCUUUGCCAAAUACCUCUUCUCAGCUCUGCUGCCACAUGAUGCAGACCUUGCUUAUAAGGUGGCGCUCCGUGCCAUGAGGCUGCCGGUUCUGGAGUCGUCAGCAGGUUCUGGGGACGUGGGGCACCCUCAUCACGGGAUCUCCAUUGUUCCCAGCAGAUACCCUCGCUGGUUCACUCUGGGCCACCUGGAGUCUCAGCAGUGUGAGCUGGCCUCGACGAUGCUCACUGCCGCUAAAGGGGACAUGUUGAGAUUGCGGACAGUGCUUGAGGCCAUUCAGAAAAACAUCCACUCUUCUUCCCUCAUCUUCAAACUGGCCCAGGAUGCCUUUAAGAUAGCCACGCCCGCAGACAGCCCGCCAGAUAUAACCCUGCUCAACGUGGCGUUGGAGUUGGGGCUGCAGGUGAUGAGAAUGACUCUGUCCACCUUGAACUGGAGGAGGAGAGAGAUGGUCCGCUGGCUGGUAACAUGCGCCACCGAAGUCGGUCUGCGGGCGUUAGUGAGCAUCUUGCAGAGCUGGUACACUCUGUUCACUCCGACAGAGGCCACCAGCAUUGUGGCAGCCACUGUCAUGUCCCAUAACACCAUCCUGCGCCUCAGCCUCGACUACCCGCAGCGUGAGGAGCUGGCCAGUUGUGCGAGGACCCUGGCUCUGCAGUGUGCCAUGAAAGACCCUCAGAACUGCGCCCUUUCGGCUCUGACGCUCUGCGAAAAAGACCACAUCGCCUUUGAGACAGCCUACCAGAUCGUCAUCGACGCUGCGUCCACAGGCAUGACGUAUUCUCAGCUGUUUACCAUCGCGCGGUACAUGGAGCACAGAGGAUAUCCGCUUCGGUCGUUCAAGUUGGCAUCUCUGGCCAUGACUCACCUUAACCUCGCCUACAACCAGGACACACACCCCGCCAUUAACGACGUGCUCUGGGCCUGCGCACUCAGCCACUCACUGGGGAAAAAUGAACUGGCAGCCAUUAUCCCCCUUGUGGUGAAGAGCGUUCACUGCGCUACGGUUCUCUCUGACAUCUUGCGGCGGUGCACCAUGACUGCGCCGGGUCUGGCAGGCAUUCCCGGAAGGAGGAACUCUGGAAAGCUCAUGUCGACGGACAAGGCGCCCCUGAGACAGCUCCUGGAUGCCACCAUCUCGGCGUACAUCAACACCACGCACUCUCGUCUAACGCACAUCAGUCCGCGGCACUAUGGGGAGUUCAUAGAGUUCCUCAGCAAAGCACGGGAGACUUUCCUUUUGGCACAGGAUGGCCACAUCCAGUUCGCCCAGUUCAUAGACAACCUAAAACAGAUCUACAAGGGCAAAAAGAAACUGAUGAUGUUGGUGAGGGAACGCUUUGGCUGACCUUAACUCUGCCUCAAAGACCUUCUUCUUGAGAAGUUGUUAAACUUAUUGGUUUAUUUAAGUUUUUUUUUUUUUUUCUUUCUUUAAGUUGAGCCAUUUCUUGACCAAGUCAUAUGGUUUUGUUCUGUGUUGUUUCCUGAAUGUGAACCAAAAAGUGUUCGCUAUACUUGGUCUACAUAACUGUUAUAGCAAAGAGGACCUAAGGUGUCAUAGAAGUAUCCGAUUAAAUUCAUCCAGUAAAUGUUUGAAAUUAUUAGAAAAUCAAAAGAAUGUGAUUAUAAAAGCAAAGGAAAUGUUUGCCUCCUGGUGGAUUGGGUGUGUACUCUAAGUUUAGAAGAAGAAGAAGAAUCGGCUUUAAAAGUGAAGGGAACUUCCUGAGGAACGCAGCGAUUAAACACACAGUGUUACUGUCAUACCUCGAAUGUCAGCUUUAACUUUUGUUAGAAAUAGCCUCUUGUUUCAUUCAGGGCUUCUUAAAGGAGCAAGAACGGACUAUAGAACUACCUGUGUGCUCUUUCUUGUGAAAACUCAGUAGUUGAAUAUCUAAAAAACUUCACCUGCUGCACGGUGAGGAUUCUGCUUUAGAGUGCAUGUUUUGAGGGUGACGUCCUGGCUGCUGCAGUUAAUAGUUUAGCCUUUAUGUGAACAUCAGUAUAUUCCUUCAUGUCACCCUUUAGGUGACAGAAACGCAGUGUUUGAUCGGGUAAAUGUGUUCCUCAUGUCCAGAUAUGCCACUUCACUGCUUCUCAGCUGUUUGUGCCCCAAACUUAGUAAAGUGUAAAUCGUCACUACUUUUUUGUUACAAAACUUAAAAACUAUUUGGACCGCGUUCUUGGUUAUAAAUCCUUUUCCGUCACAAGAACAUUUAUUAAAACAGCAUUUUUCCCACCUGUAUUAUUUAAACUUAUUAACCUGGCACAUUGAGAAACUUAAUUAUUGUUGUAUAAGAACCCUAAACAUAAAUCUUUGUCUCCAUUAAAUCAGGGGAAACUAUGAAUCCAAGCCUUAGGGACCAUCCUGACACACUUGCACCUAUAUUCUUACAAAUUUUAGUUCAGGUGCACGUCAUUCCCCAAAGAAAUAUAGUUUCACUGUAUCUUCUAAAAGGGCAAUAAUGUGGCAUUUUCUACAUAAUAUAGAAGAAAAAUAUUAAAAGUCAAAGCAGUUUUGUUAUUUUGUCUGUAUAGUGAGAGGUAUUAGGUCUGAAGUAUCAGGAAAUAUCUGUUUGAGGCUAAUUUUAGCAUUUAGCCAAAAUCUGGGACAACGGCUAACCCUGCAUAAAUGUUUGCUAGUUAACAAAGUUAACAUUUAAGUUGUUAAAUACUUUGUGUCAUUACAAUGACAUUACAAUUAUACUCUCCCUAAACAUAUUUUGUAUUUAAAGCGACUCUGAAAUGUUUAGUAAAAGUCUCCAGUUCCAAACCGGCCUUUAGAAUGUUCCCGCCAAAAUGCAGAAAGUCAUGCUAGUUGCAAAAAAAUUUAGUCUGGGUCAUAUUUUAAGUUUUUUCAAAAAUAAUUUUAUUUCAUUAUUCUUUUUUUAGAGUUUUGUUCAGCAAAAGCGUCCAAAAAAUGUUUUUAAUUUCAAUUUUCUAUUUUAAAUAAAUCGCUCCCUGUAUAGAAUAAUUAGCAUGUUGUUGCUAAGCUUAAAUUAAACCGAGCAUCUUUAGGUGAUGUGUCAAUUUUUAUUUAGCCUUUUUUUUUAAGUGACUAAAAAUCAUAAAUACAUUGAUAUUUUUCUAAAUAUUAUACUUGUUUGGUGGAUAAGUUAGCAUCCAUAUGCUAAAAAAAAAAGAUUUAUCAACAACCUUUUUUUCUGGGUGUAUUCUACAUCAUCAAAAUGGCCCAAUAAAGUGUACAAAAAAGAAAAGUUGGAAUAUAGUAAAAGAAAAAAAGGAAAAACAAUAAAUCCUGGUUUUUUUCCCCCCUUGCAUUAUAGUAAAGCAAUGCACACAUUCAUAAAAUGUUCAAACUCCAGUAUUUUGUUCUUGUGAUGGAAACACUGUGAUGCUUCCAGCGAAUGCUACUAGAUCUUAUCAUUCUUUACUGUGAAGAAGACUGGCCGUUUUCUUAAGGCUUCAGACAAAAACCGUGCACUCUACAAAAAUUACAAUAUUUUGUUGUUACAUGAUAACUUUGUUAGUAACUGCGACCAAAUGGAGCUAACCUCCUGAUAAGUGACGUCCAUGUUGUUUCCUCACCCGGUGGCAAAAAGUCAUUUCCAAUGGCAGUCCAACUAGAGCUUGAGUCUUUAACUGAUCAGACUAAAUCUACAAGCACUUCACACAGAUACCUCUUCAGUACGUUCCUGCCUGGUUCAGCAUUUAUUUAUUGAUUGUUUUGUUUUUUUUAAAUCACUGAGUUUGAAGUGUUAGACACAGAAUUAGAACUAGACUGUAUUUUAAAGCAAAAGAGACUUUAAAAACGUGGAAGGGUUCUAAAACAUAAGGACAUUUUCCUAUCUGCUUUGACAUUCCAUACGAGUUACUUUCAUGUACUACCGAGGUAGUCGAUCAUAACUGCGCCUUUUAAGAUCAGAAGAAAUGCAGAUAGUUGAAUGGAAAA